AGUGACCCGGCCUGCUUAUAUAAUCCGGAUCGGAUCAUGCUUAAUUAAAAAAAAAUUAUUCGAAAAAACGACCUUGUUUUAAGCAUGGUUUUAAAAAUCGGACUUGACUGAUCGGUCGAAUCGAUUUAACUGAGAAUCGAUAAUAAAAGUGGUCCGGUCUGCUGUCUAUAACCACUGGAAAAAGAAUCACUUGAGAAUCGCAGAAUCGGCCGAGAACCGACCGGUUGGAUCGGAUUGAUAACCGGCCGGCCCAAAAAAACCCCUUCUUCCCCCAAUUCGUGCACUCCCUGAGAGUGAGACCUCUGAAGCAAAGCAAAAGUGCAAAACCAUAGCCCCUCAUUGCCGCCGCGGUCCCCAGGUUCUCAGCGCCGCCGCUUCUUCCUCUUGCCCGUUUUGCAGAACCUAGAUAGCUCGGCACGUCGUCUUCAUCUUAGUAGGCUUCUCCGUUCGUGGCUUGGAGUAGCUCGCUGUCGGGUCGCCGCUUGCCGUCGUCUCGCCUAUCGCCUCGUCUCGCCGCUUGCGGUCCGUCGAAGUUUGAUAACCGGUCCGGUUCUCAGAACCUUGAGUUUCAAGUGAAUUCCCUGGCCCCCAGUCUCUCUUCUCUGGAGUCACCACUCUUACCACUGGCCUCGGUCUCUUUCUCGUCACUUUCUGACUCAAGCUCAAGCUCUCUCACCUCUCUCACAGCUGGGGUUGUCGCACUCAGGCUCUCUCGUCUCUGGUCUCGCUCACUCACUCACUGUCUCGCACUCAAGCUCGUCAUCAGUCGCCGGCGGCAGAAGCAGACGGAACCAGCAUCUGGUCCCUCGGCUGGUGGUCGUUGGCGUCUUCUUGCUUCGGCUCGGUUGGUCAACUUCCUUCACCGUCAGUUGGUUCCUGGGCAGGUGAAUUAGUGACCCACCGAUUGAACCAGUGACUUGAUGACCCGGACAACCAGGUCAAUUAUCGGUUUGGUUAUGAUAACUAUGGUUCAAAGUGACACAUCUUAAGGAGCUCCUAAAAAUGGCUAGUUCUCUGUUCCAUUUAAUAUUUUGCAUCUUAGCUUUAUAGGUAAAUCUUUUAUCUCCCACUUUUACCAUAUUAUUAAUACAAUUGCCAACCUCACUUUCUUGCUUUUCGAGCAUCUAUUUCAUACUCAUGUUUUGUUAGCACCUGAAGUUAAACAUUCUUUGACCAUUAUUCUUGACAUUCACUUAGUUGAAUCAGAGGUUUUCAAUUCAUUCUCUAUUUGCUUUUGCGAGUAUAAAAGUGGUGGAUUGAGUAUAGAACAUCGAUGCAUUUAAAGGAAAAUGGAUAUAAACAGAAUCCAAUUAGCUCUGCGCUCUUGUGGGAUCUUUCAAUCUAUCAAACACGCCAAAUCACUUCACUCUUGCAUCAUAAAACUUGGCUUUCUGAAUCAUGUUUUCCUCGUAAACAACAUGAUCUCUGUCUAUGCAAAGUGUCUCCAUGUAGAUGAUGCGCGAAACCUGUUUGACGAAAUGCCUCACAGAAAUAUCGUUACUUGGACCACAAUGCUCUCUGCAUACACCAAUUCUGGGAGUCCCCACGUGGCCCUUUCGCUUUACAAUCAGAUGCUGCAAUCCGAAACAGAGGAACCCAAUGGGUUCUUGUACUCGGCGGUUCUCAAGGCCUGUGGUCUAGUGGGUGAUGUUGAACUGGGUAGGUUUGUUCACCAGCAUGUAGCUCAGGCGAAAAUGGAAUUUGACACUGUUCUGAUGAAUGCACUUUUGGACAUGUACGUCAAAUGUGGGAGCUUGAAGGAUGCAAAGCGAGUUUUUUAUGAGACCCCACUUAAGAAUUCGACUUCAUGGAACACGCUCAUUCUGGGUCAUGCUAAAAGUGGCUUGGUGGGCGAUGCUCUGAAGCUGUUUGAUCAAAUGCCGGAACGUGAUCUUGUUUCUUGGAAUAGCAUCGUUGCUGGUCUAGCAAGUACUGGAAGCCCCCAUGCAUUGCAGUUUGUUGCUAGGAUGCACGUGCAAGGCUUUAAACUAGAUGAGUUCACAUUCCCACGCGCUCUCAAAAUUUGCGGUCAGGUUGGUGAAAUAGCAACGGGGAAACAAAUUCAUUGUUAUGUUAUCAAGUCAGGGUUUGAGUCUUGCAAUUACUGUAUAUCAUCGUUGAUUGAUAUGUAUUCGAAUUGCAAGUUAUUGGAUGAAGCAAUGUUGAUCUUUGAUCAGUUCUUCGACAAUUCUUUUGUUGUCGAAAGCUUGGCACUUUGGAAUUGUAUGCUUUCUGGAUAUGUUGUCAAUGGGAAUUAUGGAAAGGCUCUUAGUCUGAUUGCACAUAUCCAUAAAACUGGUGCAUAUUUCGAUUCCUAUACCUUUAGUAUUGCUUUAAAGGUUUGUAUGUACUUCCAGAACUUGAGGUUGGCAUCUCAGGUGCAUGGUUUGGUCAUCACAAGUGGCUAUGAGUUAGAUUGCGUUAUUGGAAGCAUUCUUAUUGAUCUCUAUGCGAACCAGGGGAAUAUUAAUAUUGCUUUGAGAUUGUUUGAAAAGUUGCCAGAUAAAGAUGUUGUGGCUUGGUCUAGUGUGAUUGCUGCUUGUGCUAGAUCUGGCUUAGAUUCAUUGGCUCUAUCCCUCUUUACGAAUAUGACUCGUAUGGAUCUUGAGAUUGACCAUUUUAUCCUUACAGUUGUUCUUAAAGUUUGUUCAACCUUGGCAUCUCAGAGAAUUGGAAAGCAAAUUCAUGCUAACUGUCUUAAAAAGGGAUAUGAAUCAGAGGGAGUUAUUGCAACUGCUCUUAUUGAUAUGUACUCAAAAUGUGGUGACAUUGAGGAUGCCUUAGCGUUGUUUGGCUGUCUUUCAGAAAGAGACACUAUGUGUUGGACAGGGAUUAUUGUUGGAUGUGCACAAAACGGAAGAGUAGACGAGGCAAUCAAUCUUUUGCAUAAGAUGAUAGAAUCUGGUGAAAAGCCAAAUGAAAUCACCAUUCUAGGUGCUCUUACGGCUUGUAGGCAUGCUGGCCUAGUUGAAGAGGCAUGGGCCAUAUUUAAUUCUGUUGAAACAGACCAUGGAUUGAAAAGGUGCCUAGAGCAUUACAGUUGUAUGGUUGAUCUACUUGGUCAAGCAGGACGCUUCGAAGAAGCACUAAAAUUGAUUAGUGACAUGCCAUUUAAGCCUGACAAGACGAUAUGGUUCUCCUUGCUUGGCGCUUGUGGAACUCACAAGAACCAGUAUCUUGCUAAUGUUGUUGCUGAGCAUCUUCGUGCUACAUUUCCAGAGGAUGCUUCUGUAUAUGUAAUGCUGUCAAACGUUUAUGCAACUCUUGGAAUGUGGGAUAGUUUAAGCGAAGCAAGGGAAGCCUUGAAAAAAGUAGGCUUAAAAGGAGCUGGAAAAAGCUGGAUUGAGAUCUCAAGUUGACAAUGCUGGUUUUGUUAAUGGCUUGGUUCAGCUAGCUUCCCCCGGGUUCAUAGUGUGUGUGAUUUUUCAAGAUGCAUUGCUGACUGUUCUAGUUUAAUAGCUAGUCUGGACCAUCAAAGCCAGUCUAAAUUUAUAAUUUGGUGACUGCAAUAGUUCAAUGAGAAGGUAAAAAUCAUAUAUCACAAUUUAAAUGGCAGCGGGUAGCAGAUAUUACCACCUAGUGGGAUAGGCUUUGUUGUUGGUGUUUGUUGUUGUAGCAGAUACUGCACUUUAAAAAUGCAUGAGUUGAUGCGCUGAAUGCAGCAGUUCCCUCUGAUAAGAUUGUUAUACCUGCUAUUGCCACGAGGCCUCAUCAAUCAAGUGAUUGCAUCCCCCAAUGAAAUAUGAAAAGGGCUUUUUACAGAAGUCAUCAAGUCUCCACUUAUAUUUUAACAUGGUUGAUCAGCUUGACAUUUUCAGCAUAUCUUUGAAAAGCUUCCAUCUGAUGAGAUUGAGCAUGUGAUUAAGACACCACAAAGCAGCAUUGAGAAUUUGUUGGGGCAGAUACAAACAUCUCUUGAGCUAUGUCCACCAUUGAUUGUGAUCACAGAUCAGAGAGGAUUUUGGUUACGUGGUCAGAGCCCAUCCCCCGAGGGUCAUUUCAUGCCGGGGUUUUAACAUUAUGAAGCUGCAUCCAGGCAUAAUCUCAGGUCUUUCUUCCAAGCCAAAGCCAUAAUAUUGAAUAUACCAAUUUAAAAAGGGUGAAAGCCCACUAUACACUUCUUUUUCUUUCAUUUUCUUGUUACGUUUUUACCAACUGAUGCUUUAAAACCACUGGUUGAUUUCUAAAUUGAAAACUUCCAUUGAAAUAAAUGAAAUUUAACUUCUAUUAAAA